UGAAUUUUAUUUGCCUAACGUUUGCUGUGUUUCUGUGUGGAUCAGUUUCUUUGGCAUUUACGUGGAAAUGCUCGAUGCCCGCACCACAAAAAGAUCUUGAUAUUUCUAAGCUAAAUAACACAGUUUGGUACCUUGGAAUUCAAACUAACGACGCCGUUUCGGCGGAUGUAACAUGUGCUCGCAUACACAAUUUUACAGUAACUUCUACAGGACUUGAAGUUCAUACGGAAGAAUUUGGUGCUGGGUCUCACAGAACUGAUUUUAUCACUCACCUUAUACGUCAGCGGCUGGGAGUUUACCACGAAAGUACUGAAGACGAACCAUUUUUAAAAACCGCACACGAGUACACGUUGAAUGGAAAAUUUAAUCCCGAAGCGCGUAAGGAAGAUGAGAAACACUUGCUCAAAGACGAUUACGUGUUUAUAACCGAUUAUUCCAAUUACUUGGGAGUAGUGGUCUGUCCAGCAAAAGAAGAAUGGCUACUCUGGAGUUACUUCAGGCACCCAAAACCGUCUCUAAAUAAUGUCGUCAAAUUCUACAAUAACAUUCACGAACUUGGUGUGUCUGCUCGUUUUCAUGCAUCUCGUUGCAAUGAAAAGGAUUUCACCAUAUAAAAGCAAGAUAAUCGAACGUUUGAUACCGUCACAACGUAUUAAUUCUGUUAUUUCCGAUAACCAGUACAAAUAUUUCUCACAUUAAUCAUUCUGAUGAACUAUUUUUUUUUCCAAAGUUGAUUAAUUCUAUUCGAUUGAUUGCGAUAAUCGUUUUUUUUUUGUGAACUCGUGAUAAUAUCUUCGACCAUGUUCAAUAUUGAAGAAGUAAACACGUUUUGUGAAAGAUAUGAAUGUAUUUAUCAUUUCUAUCCUAGUUGUUCGGUUUAUGGUAAAUGUUUGGGUCAUAUUCAUUAUUAUUGUAUAAUUCAGAUUAUAUAAUCUUUAUUUAGAGUAUGUUAUACGGAAAAUAGUUAAUACAAUUUAUCCCAAUAAUCUUAUUGCAUCAAAAAUGUUCCUUCCGAUGACGAAUAAAUCUCACAGUGACGCAUACAUGUUUAAAUCAUAUUUGAAAUAAGUUGCAACUGAAAUAUCGAAAUAAAUCAAUGAAGACAGAAAUCAGUUAUAUAAUGUCAACAUUUAAGAAUAUCAUAUCUACUCGUAUAAACGCCUCAAAUGUUUAAUGGAACAACGAUGUGAACAUAAAGGGGGAAAAAUUAAUGCAAGUUGAAGAGUUGAAACAAAUGAAGUGAGUAGAUUUUCCAUUUCCGAACCUUUUGAUAGAUAUUAGUUCUAACACAUUGUUUGCUGUAUUUAUACAAAAUUUGAUGCAUCUAAAAUACGCAAAAAUAUUGAAUAUAUAUAAUGAAGCAUUAUACACUCGUUUUACACUAAGUCUCAAAAUAGGCCACACGUUGACACAAAGCACUAUAGAUAGAUUCUGCUGCGAAAUAUUCGCACUAUGGUGUACCACGAUUCGGGAUAGAAUUAAACACACUGUUGACCAAAAAACACAAAGCAAAUUUACAUUAGCAUUUGGCAAAUUUCAGCUCUUAUAUAUGCUUGUAAUUUUUCACGUUUGGGGUGUUUCUUAUUUUCUUUUAAUUUUCCAACAACUUUAUAAUCUUCAACACGCGCAAUAAUGGGCUCUAUUUUAUGGAUUUUUGUAUCGAAUAUUACUAUCAACAUUUAAUACUAAAUUCCACAUUAGUCAGUCUCCUUCCUUUUCUUCAAUUUAUUUUCAAAUUCAUUUCCGUCGUUAAUGCGAUAAACUUGUACUAUAUGUUACAUCUAUACUGAGUGAGAUGAUAUGCAAAGUAAUCGUAGACGGUAACGGAAAUAGGAAGAGUUAGAUCUCUCCAGUUUUCACCAUAGGACUGUACCACCCAACCAUAGCUGAUGGCACGAAAUUCCGGUACUUGCUCAAUAAACUAUCUAUAAAAAUGAAUUUCUAGAUGUAAUCCGUUUUAGCAUAACAUGUUCAACAACUUCCAAAAUCAAUUAGAGUCGAACAAUUCAUGUAGUCAACCGGCCAAUAAUCAUAUCAUAUUAAACAGGGGAGCGAUGCUCAAAUAUAUGGACACCAAGACCAAAGAAGAGCAGUAGUCUAUACCUUACCUUUUACAGUACCGUCAAAACUUCCGACUUCCGCGCAGCAAAAGAGUACACGAGAGAGGUCGAAGAACCUCUACAAAUAAUUCCUAUUAAUUUUCAAGUGGCCAUCACACAAAAUUUCGACAUGAAAAACGAAUCACAUAAAGCCCAUAGAAAAUUUUGAUAUAUAUAAAUAAAAGUAAUACUCUUUUAGCAAAAUAUACAAUCUUCAACCACUGAAAAUUCCCAAGCACUUGGUCUAGUAGUUGAUAAGAAAAUCGAUUCAUUCCUGACAACAAAACAAAAAAUAACAACAUGAGCAAUAAUUACUAAGAAACGAUUCGUAGGUCCAUUUCGUGUCUAACAAAAAGCUAAUGUGUCUAAUGUUUGUGUAUGACGCCGGGACAAGACGUUGAAAGAUGGGACUGUUCUGCCUAAAACAGGACGUAUGAUAGGCCUAGAUAUGACAAUACACAAAUAUUCAAGACCGACUUCCAGUCUUCAAUAUUACCAUGCGAGAGAUCUGGUUCUAGACUGGUACCGUUAUGACAUAAAAUAAUUUUAUCAUUAGAUCAUUCAUACUUCGAUUGUUGGCGAUAUAAAUCAAAAACCUUCAGGGUUUAUAGUAUUUUUCUUGGACACGUAGUGGACAUAACGAUCGUUUUGUUGUUCUUUGUAUCGAUUUGAAGAAAUCACUUUUCUCUUUGAUUACUGGAUCAAUUGCUUUGACAUUUUCAGUGGUUAAA